AUGGAACCGGUUGGAUUGGAAACUUGGAACAACGGAAGCUUCAACUACAACGAAUUCGCCAACCUCACGUUCAACGACACGUUUGCGUGGAUGAGCAGAGGCGCGCAGGCCUGCCUGACGCUGCUCUACUCACUAACGGUCAUCGCGUCCGUAUUCGGCAACGUGUCCGUCAUCAUCGUGUUCAGCUGCGGCAAGCUGUGCCGCAGCACGCUGGCGAUCUUCCUCAUUAACCUGGCGCUGUCGGACAUCGUCAUGGCUGCCUUCUGCAUGCCGUUCACGUUCAGCAAGAUGAUGCUGCACGCGUGGAUAUACCCGUCGGCGUUCUGUCCGAUCGUGCUCUUCCUGCAGACGGUGUCGGUGAGCUCGAGCAUCUACACGCUGCUAGCGAUCGGGGUCGACAGAUUUCUCGCCAUCAAGUGGCCGCUGCACUCACGCUUCACGAGGUAA